AUGGCUAAACGACAGGCGAUAGAGGCAGUCGAUCGUACAUUCCAAGACAUUAUAGGCGUUAAUCUCCCAUUUGGUGGGAAGAUAAUGGCUAUGGGAGGUGACUUCAGGCAGGUGUUGCCGGUUAUUAAACGUGGCACUCGAGCACAGAUUGUAGACUCCAGCCUACAAAUGUCACCUCUUUGGUCUUUGCCUAAAAAGAUGCGGUUGACCAUAAAUAUGAGAGCACUCAAAGAUCCAUGGUUUUCUGAAUUUCUUUUAAGAGUCGGCGAUGGAACUGAAGAACCAAACGAAGGAAACUAUAUUCGCAUACCCGAUGACAUGACAAUUCAGUGCAACAAUAGAGAAAACUCUAUAAAAGAAUUGAUCAAUGUCGUCUUUCCAUCAAUUGAAGAUAAUGUAUAUUCUUCAGAUUAUAUAAUCUCUAGAGCAAUAUUGUCCACUAAAAAUGAGAGUGUUGACGAGAUUAAUAAUUAA